AUUCCCCUCUACCACACAGUCAAUAAGCUGCCAUUAUUCGCAACUCUAUCUAUAUUCAUACAUUUUCCUUCUCGUAUCAACGAUGAAUUCCUUCAAAAAACUGUUCCAAAGGUCCGACGACGACAAGAUGGCGUCGCUCAAGCACUAUAAGUCGGUGCCAUACGGGCUCUCUUCAGAGGGGAGAACGCGCGAGUCUCAGGCCGAUCCGUUCAAAGCCGUGUACCAUGGCAAGACGCCCCUCAAAGCCUCCGACAUCGUGUACGGUGGGCAAGCUCCGGGGAUGCUUGACAUCCAUCGUACACAAAUGUACCAAGAGAUCUCCGACCACCCCCCAACUCGCGCCCACUUUAACACAUGCGGGGACUUGCUGGACAGGUUUCCCAAUGCGCCUCAGCCACCUCCGAAACCCCCUCGCAACGCCUUGCGCACGACAUCACUGAACUCAAAGAGCAUCCGGCCGCAAUUGGCACCCAAUAACUACAACCCAAGCGGACAGCAUACCGCAGGCAGGGAACGAAUCUUGCAGCGGUCCCCUUCAGUCGCAUGCUUUUCUCAUCCUACAGCCACCGCCUACCCCUCCCUUCGCAAAAAGCAGAGGCGCCAGGCAACUGCUGAUCAAGCUCUGGAGGACAUGUUGAAGCCAGCUCGCGGCGUGGCUGCUCCUAUCUUGGGUAGUAGUAGACAGGCAGAACGUGUUCGUGCCAAGUCGAGCGUUGGUCGCUCGUACACCCCUGCUCACCCUCCCGCUCCCCCCGUUCCCCCCGUUCCCACCACCUACUCUUCGCGUCCAUCGAUCUCCCGGUCAGCGCAUAGUUCACGUGCAAAUCUGCGUCGCGUUCCAUCCCACGUCGCUAUUCCAUCCACUGCUGCUCCGGACCAUGGACAGUCUUACUGGCCUCACCCGAAUUAUCGUGAAUUUUUACAGGAGCAGGACGUGAACAGGAUCAAUUCCAUGAUCAAUCGUUGCCCUGUAGCUCCUCUCAGCAGCGAGCGUACUCCGGAGCAUUUACGACCGAUCCGUUUUGACAUGGAGAAUCCGGAUCACUUCCAGAAGACCCUUAGCUACUUCAUUCAUAUUGCUGUUGCACAAGGUCGUCCCCUCGAUGCACGCGCGUAUGGCCCGUACCGCCGCAUCGUUGAGGCUGGUGACCCGACGGGUAUCGUUCCGGAGGUUGGCACUGAUUGGGCUCGCCAGAUGGAAUGUCGGUGAAUUUGUGAGGAUGGAAAUUCGUUUGUGGGGAUGGAGGAUAGUUUGUGAAAGCUAGAGUUUUGGCGCUGUUGUCCCUAGUAGUGUAUGUUUUGUAUAUGUAUGUGUAUGGAUAUAUGACUAUGAUCUAUGAAACGAAUUA